AUGGCGAUGCCACUACGUACUGUGUUCGAAGAAAAUUUCCAGCAACUGCGGGAAAAUAUCCAGCGUCAGUUGACAGAACAUCUUGCACGGGACGAAAGGAACUUACGUGCCUUGACCAAUAGAUUUGAAGAGCAGGAACAUCAACAAUUUGAAACGGUGCAAUCGCUAGACGAGUUUCAUGAUGAAUUUCGUACUCAAAUGAGAGAACUCAGGGAGCAUACCGACCAAAGUAUAGCGGAAGCAAGAGACGCGAUCACUACUCAAAUCACGGAAGUGGCCAAUGCGGUUGAUGAUCGAGGUGAACAACUCGACGACUUGGCUGGUGUUGUCGCUGUACAAGGAACUCAAAUCGAGGAAAUAGCCAAUGCUCUUGAAGAUCAAGCUCCUGAACCUCAACCUCAUUUUCUUGAGCUCACUUUCCCAGAUGCUGAACCACAUCCGGAGUCGCCUCACACUAAUGUUCAACUCUUGGCGGCUGGUGAUCAUGAUAUCCAUUUUCCCGUGGCACUUGGUGGCGAUGCAAGAAUGUACAGGGCAAGAGUGGCAAAUGCACAGUAUCUGGAUGCUUUGGGCGAAAUAAUGGGUCUUCCUCCUAAUCAUCAACAUGUGCGUACUAUGUUCAAUCGAUUGAAGGAACAUGCUAAUGAUAUGGUCGUCCUAUCCAUGUUCCGCUUGAACAGAAGACAAAAUGUCCAGGACUAUCAUUGGGGUCGGCUUUCUGAUGCCCAGAGAUUCGCUGCUGCCCGUCGACUUGAACGAACAAUGUUUCAUGAAGAACAAGUCCGUAUCGAUAGAGCUGUGGGAAGUUGGAUCGCAUACUCCAUCAUUCAGAGAACUUGGCAAAGUAACCAGAGACGUUUACACCUUCGAUAA